CGUUGCCGUGGCGACGCGGCGCCGCGCGAGGCCCGUUGGGAGUCUGUUGCGCCGAGCGGCCGGGCAGGGCCCGGGCCUGUGCCCAGCCAUGGACCCCGAGGCGCUCGUCCAGUGUCCCUACGACAAGAGUCACCAGGUCCGGGUGUCCCGGCUGCCCUACCACCUCGUCAAGUGCCAGCGGAACAACCCACGGGUGGCCCGCACGCUUGCCACCUGCCCCUUCAACGCCAGGCAUAGGGUGCCCCAGGCCGAGCUGCGGAGCCACGUCAUCUCCUGUCCCGACAAGCGCCAGCCCGACCUCCCCCACGAGAUGGGUGCACCCCUCAACAAUGGGCUGAAGCAACCAGAGGUCCCCACGGCCUGGCAGGGCCCCCCGUGUCAGGAGGACUGGGAGGCUGAGCUGGAGGACCUUGAGGACCCCCCGCCGUUCAUCCUCCACGUCAGGACGAAUGACCUGCUCCUCCCGUGCGACAGCUCUGCCCCAGCAGCACCCACAAGCCAUAGCGGAAGCAAGGGGGCCACAGGACACCCCGCGCACCCCCUCGCCCCCCCAGCGCCCCCCUCACGCCGUCCCCAACCACCCCUAAACUCGGGCUCUGACGUGAACAGCGAUGAAGAGGACGACCGUGACCGAACCGGCUCAAGAUGUCUCCGGGUGCGGGGGGACCCCACGGAGCCCCCGCCGCGCCGGGAGAUGAGGAGGCCGACGGAUUUGGGGCGCUCGAUGCGGAGAAUCGGGAUUUCUCUCCAGCGCAUCCUCCCCGGCCUCAAAUCCCCGUCCCCGCGUGGAGCCCGUUCUUCCGCUGCGGUGCCGGCGUCCCCUCCGACGUUUUUUCCCCCGCGCGCUGCCCUGCCCGUUGCUGCCUGCCCUUGCCUGCAGGUGGAAAGCCAUCCGAAUCCCUUCCUGCUCCAGCAGUUUCAUGUGUGCUUCGAACCGUGCCAACAACGGCCUUGCAACACUUGCCGGGAGUUUUUCCUCGGAGGGUGGAUCCGGCCGGCUCAUUGGGAUUCCUCCCUCCCGCUGAGGUUUGGAUCUCGAUACCGGCUCGGGGAUGGAUCCUGCCCCGGAGCGGGCAUCUCCACCGGCGGCCGGGCUCCGCAGGGCGAGCGGGACUCGUUACGGCAGGAAAAUAGGUGGAAAAACAACAACUGCCCAGAAACGGCGGGGCCGGGUGAAGGGCUGAGCAGUGGCCGGCCCCCACGUCGUCGCACGAGCACUAAAAUUGUCGUUUCUGGCCUCAAAUCACACCCUGUGAUUGAUUCUGGGUUAUCACAGCCACGUUUUGGGGUGGUUUACUCAAUAUCGGGGCGCUGA